AUGGCUCAAACCAUCCCAAAAGGCAAUCACCUAGACCCCAAAAGUCCAGAUGACACAGCCCAGCCACCCUAUCGACAGAUCCGCGCCCAGUACGACGAAGACACCAUCACCGUCUACCAAGCCUACAAUGCCGAGAUCGCGUCCCAGGCCGUCGCGCACCAGCGUCUAAACGCCUCGCCGCUGUUCCGUCCCGUUCGCAUGACCUGGAUCAAGCCGAGCUGGUGCUGGAUGAUGUACCGGUCGGGGUACGCGUGCAAGGACGCAAAUCAGGAGCGUAUCCUGGCGAUCAAGAUGCGGCAUGCUGAUUUUGUGGGCUUGUUGGAGAGGGCUGUCCUCACCACGGAGACAACGGCGGCGACGGCGGCUGUGGGCGUGGGCGUGGGUGUGGGCGCGAAUUCUGCUGCAUGCAACGAAAAGCGCGAAGGAGUGGACGCCGCAGUCAAAGUACAGUGGGAUCCGGAGCGCUCGGUGAGGCUCGGUCGGCUGGAUCACCGCAGCAUUCAGAUUGGUAUUCGUGGCUCCCUGGCUGCUGAGUGGAUAGAGCGGUGGAUCGUAGGCAUCGAAGAUGUGACCGCGAGAGCGAUCUCAUUGAAGGCGGCUCUGGAUGCGAACCCGGACAUUUCUGAGCAAGAGCUCGUUGCGCGUGGUCUGGUGCCGGACGAGAGGGCGUUCCAUGUCUCAGAUAACUUACGCAAUGUACUUGGCAUGCACGUGAGUUAG